AUCCCAAACCCUCUUUCGGUGCCUCUCUUCUCCCGAUUGGUGGCAGAGGAAGAUGGCUGAGACGGCGGCGGUGAGCACUGGGGCGGAGAGUGGAGACGCCGUACCCCAUCCGCUGCAGAGGAAGUGGACGUUCUGGUUCGAUAACCUGUCCAAGUCCAAGCAAGGCGCCGCCUGGGGUGCCUCCCUUCGCCAGGUCUAUACCUUCGACACCGUCGAGGAGUUCUGGUGCCUGCAUGAUCAAAUAUUUCAACCCAGCAAAUUGCCUGCUAAUGCUGAUUUCCACUGUUUCAAGACCGGGAUAGAACCCAAAUGGGAAGACCCUGAAUGUACAAAUGGUGGAAAAUGGUCUAUUACAUGUAAACAAAGAGCUGCUCUUGAUGACAUGUGGUUGGAAACGUUAAUGGCUUUGAUUGGGGAGCAGUUUGAUGAAAGUGAGGAAAUCUGUGGGGUUGUUGCUAGUGUGCGCCCCAGGCAGGAUAAACUUGCAUUGUGGACUAAGGCAGCAAACAAUGAAGCAGUUCAGAUGACUAUUGGGAGGAAGUGGAAAGAAAUCUUGGACAUCAAUGAGAAGAUAUCCUACACCUUCCAUGAUGACUCCAAAAGGGACAAGUCAAGCAGAGGUGGUCGAUACAAUCUUUAAUAAGACGUCAAGUGGCGACGAACGGUCACUAGUUAAUUAUUUGAAAGUUUUGUAGCUAAAUACCUGGAAAUUGUCUAUCAAGAUUGCAUAAUGACUAUUACUGUUAAUUUGAUACUUUUUUAUGCGUUCGUCAA